UCAUUUUUUUAUUUAACAGUUUAUAUAUAAUUGUCAGCAGAAAUAAAAUAAAACAAAAACAACAACAGCAGCAGCAAAAAACAACAUUUGAUCUGCAAAAUAAAAGUGAAAUAAAAAAAUGUCUAAAAUAAAAAUAAACCUUUUAUUAUAAGAAAACACAAGAUGGCUGAUUAACCCCAUGAUCGUAACCUUCAUAAAGUUAAUAAUAAUGACGAUGGAUAUUAUGACUAUGACGACUACGGAGACCUAAUGCAUGUUGUUUGUUCUUCAAUAACGAUCAUUUACUCGCUCGCUCUCUUCUUACACUUGUUACAAAAAGUCAACAACAAAUAGCCAGCAACAAAAGCCAGCCAACAAACAGUAAACGAAUGACGAGCAAACAGCUCAAGCUACUAAAUAGAUUGAUCUUUUGAUGAACACACUGCUCAAACUCUGAUCUUGUGCAAUUUGAUACCAAUUGUGAAUGCCACUUACUUGGAAAUUAUUAUAACGGCUACAACGUUGAAGACGAAGACGACUACUACAAAUAGCUAUAGCUCCAAUAAAGAUGUUAAAAUCACAUCAUCGUCAUCAACAUCAUCGUGAUCAUCAGCAGCAGCAGCAACAACAGGAACAACGUCUAUGUCUAUGCUUAGUUUUCUUCUUCACUUCAUGCAAAUUAAACUGACAUCAAUACAGUAACGAACGGACAGAAACAACAGCAGCAGCAUUAAACUGAUAUUAUUAUUAUUAUUAUUAUUAUUGUUGUUGUUGUGUUUAAUUGAUGGUGCUCAGUAAAAGUUUUAAGUUUUCAAAAACAACAAGAGCACAGUAAAACGUUCAAAAAGGACCAGUUGCUUGUUUAAGUAGUAUUUUCAAAACAAAAACAAAAUUUGCCAAAAUGUUGCAGAAUACGAGUACAUCGUCAACGGCUGGUCAACAGCAAAUGCCACAACCAAAACUUGUUGUUAUACGACGUCGGCCAAAUCAAGGUUUUGGUUUUACUCUACGUCAUUUUAUUGCUUAUCCACCGGAAGAUGAUCCCUCUUGGCCACAGGAAGCAUCCGAACCGUACCAAGUGAAAGCUAUGGAAACGAUUUUCAUAAAAGAAGUACAUCCGAAUGGACCCGCUUACUAUGCCAACCUGCAGACAGGCGAUCGCGUUCUAAUGGUGAACAACACACCAAUAGCUGGUAUCGCCUACAGUAACAUUGUGUCGAUGAUCAAGCAAACGCCUUCGGAGUUGAAAUUGUUGGUGGUGCCCAAGGAGUGUGAUGUUUUGCAAAUGCAUUAUACAAGUAUUGCUCAUACCCCACAAUCAAAUGUUACCAAUGUAGGAAAUGGUAAUAGUGCCUCCUCUGCCUCUAAUAACACAAACACUAAUUUCCCUUCUUUAACAUCGUCAUCGACGUCGUCUGGUGCUCUUUUACCCCUGUCUGUGGCGAUGGUGGGUAAACCUUUUCCUGUACAACACCAGCAACAUCAAUUGAUCUCAUUUCCUGCUUCUCAGCAGGCCAGUCGUUCCGGUAGUAUUACUAGCACUAACAGUUUAAGACCUUUAACAAAUUCGGAUUAUAUGGAUAUAGCAACAGCCCAGAGUUAUCAUCAUCAGCAGCAGCAACAACAACACCAACAGCAACAACUUUCAGGCAAUAUACUUACACAUAGUGAUAGUGGCAGUUAUUUGCGUUCUCCACCAGCAAAUCUAACAGUAUUAACCCGCCAACAACAAUUGCAACAGCAACAAAACGCUGCCGCAUUUUAUGCUUCAAAUGCCGCUGUUGACACCAGCGAUUUAAUGAUACGCUUACGUGAAUCCAUUAAACAAAAAGAAGAAUUCCUUAAAUCACCAUUACCAAAUGUUCAUCAACAGCACAGUAACUCGCAACAUCAACAACACCAACAGCAGCAACAACAACACUUUUUUCCCAAUACCCCACCAUCGGGCAGUCCACAAUUGUCUAUGAUUUCAACGUCAUCGACAUCAGUGGGUUCAUCAGGUUUAGGUGGUGCUAUCAUUCGUAAUAAUGAAGCUACCGCUCGAGGACAAGUGCGCACAUUAGUUAAACAACCCUUGUCUGCAACAUCAUCAUCGUCUAGUACAAGAGAAUUAUUGACAGCAAGCUGUGAUAUGCAUUACGCACCGAAUUUAGGUUCUAGUACAAGUGGAGUUGGAUCAGGAUUAGUAGGAGUAGGUGGUGGAGCUAGUGGUAUGACAACGUAUGGAACCUCUGGUACACCAUCGGUGUUGUCGCGUGGUGGUCAUCUACAACAGCAAAGAUCUUCAGCCACUUCUUCAGCAACAAAUGGUAGUAGUUCAGUAGUUUCAACAUUACGUGAUAAAUAUCACCAUAAGGAUUAUGAAUUCUUAGAAACCUUACAGGAAACUGGUGUUACUAAUAAAGUAUUUGAAAGUAAAUUGAAUUCUCAUUUAUCCCGAGGUUUUGAUCCUUUUAAAACUUUAUCCAUCAAUACAAAUACUAUUGAAUCUACGUCGGCUCCGGGCAAUGUUAUAAUGAUGAAAAAACCGGGUGUUUUAUAUGAUUCACUGCAGCAUCAUCCGUUGGCACAAAUGCAGGUGCAACAACAGCAGCCGCAGCAACAACAACAACACCAUAUGCCACAGCAACAUCAUCAAGUAUAUCAACAAACAACGGCGCCAAAGAUGACAAUAAUACCCAUUGCAGUUGAUGCAGCAUUAAAAUCAUCAUCAUCAACAACACCAGCAAGCACAACAAUACCAACAACAACAACAACAACAAAUCAAGCCUCGACGUCUACCGUCGAUGGACAUCGGUAUAGUCGUAUGGAAAUUCAUAAAGCUAGUUUGGCUACUGCAACAAUCGAUCAUCAGACUAACAGCAAGUUUGCUAGUAAAUUGACGGAUGUUAAUGAAAAACCAAUAUUGGCCGAUAUAGCCGAAAGCGGUACAAGUAGCACAACUUCAACUAGAGCAUCCACAAUGACAGACUUAACGGAAAUAAACAAAUCUUCAGCAACUCCGGUUACGCGACGCUUUAGGCCAAUGUCUUCAUUUGAUGAGCCGAAACAUAUGCGUCGAAUAUCAUAUUUACGUGCAACAAAUGAUGAUUAUCACUGUGAAACCUCGUUAUCAUCGUCAUCGGUAACGAACACAUCAACCGGCAGUGUAAACGAUAGCCUAUCGACAAAAUCUGCCACGGUAUUAUCGCAACAAAUUGAAGAACAUCCGGAUCCGAUUUAUGAUGUUGUUAGUGGCGGUGGUGGAGGUGAUAGUGGAGCUGCAGACAGUACAAGUGAAUCGUUAGAUGCGUUGGAAGAUUUAAAAUUAGAAACAUCUUCGCGUAGCAGUCGCAGAACUUCAGUUAAUAGUGAUAUAAGGCACAGUGUUCACAUUGAUAGUAUACCCAGUAUUGAUAUAACAAGUAAGUUUGAAACAAAAGAUGUUGCAACCGAAAUGGAAAUUUUUGAAACAGAAAUGGAAAUAAAAUCAACAUGUAUUAAUGGCAAACGACUUUCUGAAUAUCGUUCUUGGCGUCAAGUAAAAAUCGAGAUAAAAGGUGAUAUAUUAAAAAUAUAUCCCAGCCGCAAUACAAAAUCCGAUAAUAAUAUAAUAGAACUCGACAUUAGAAAUUAUAAAAUAUUCGAUGAAACUGAUAAAAAGAAAUAUGUAUUUCGUAUGCAAUCGAAACCCUCACCGAUCGCCACUUUGGGCAAUGAACUGAAUUUAGAUGAUACGAAUGAUAAGUUAACAUCAUCGUCGGGUAGUUCGACAAAUGUACCUCAACAGUCAUUACAACAUACCGAUACACAGUAUCAACCACAUACCGAGAUUUUUUUCAAAACUAAAAGCAGUACAGAAAUGAGAAGAAUAUUUGGUUUAUUACAAUGGAAAAAUAGUUUAUUAAGUUACGAUAACAAUGAUCUUCAAGGUAAACAGCUAGCAGAACCACAAAAAACCGCCGCAACUGCUAGCAUGUCUACAUCAACAUACUGUGAUGAUAAUGUACAACAACAAUCAGCGCAACAUUUACAAGCAGAACACUCACCGUUAAGUUCGACAUCGCGUAGUGAAAUAGAAGCUUCAGAUUCUGUAUCACCAGUAAUGAAAACUCGCAAAUCAUCAUCCCACAAAAAUAUACCCGACAAAGAUUUAGGUUCACCUAAGGCCAAAAACUGGAAGGAUUUAUUAUUUCGUCGAGGCGGUGGUAGUAGUAGUAGUGGUGGCCAUAACGCUGACCUUUCACCCUCAAAUCUUUCUUCAUCCUCAAAGACUAUUGGUUCUAUAGGUGUGCCACUUAAAACAUGUCCCAUGUCCAAAAACAACGAAUAUGUACCAACUUUAGUUGAAGUAUGUACAAAUAUCGUUGAGACUAAAGGCUUGGGAGUGGUUGGUAUAUAUCGUAUACCCGGCAAUAAAGCUGCAAUAUCCGAAUUAUCCGAUCAAGUUAAUAAAACUGAUUUUUCUUGGGACCGUUGCAAUACCGACGUAAGAUGGGAGGAUGUCAAUGUCGUUUCGAGUCUUUUGAAACUAUUUAUAAGAAGUUUACCCGAUGCACUGCUACCAAGUUCCUUUUAUAAUCAUUUUAUAGAGGCCGACAAAAAGGCGGGCAUGGAACGUUUACGGGAAAUAAAACAAUUGUUAGAAAACUUACCCCGCUAUUCAUACGAGACAAUGAAACAUCUGUUUCGUCACUUGAAUAGAGUCAGUAAAAAUUGCGACGUCAAUUUAAUGGAAACAAAAAAUUUGGCAAUAAUAUUUGGUCCCUCUAUAAUACGCACACCCAAUGAUACAUUAGAUAUAGCCGUAAAGGAUAUGAAACAUCAAUGCAGGAUUGUGGAGUUGCUAUUGACACAUUACGAUUACUUUUUUGAAAAUGGCAAAACUCCGGACAUUGAAGAUGUUUGUGGCAAUAAUUUGGCAGCAUCAACAUCAUCGGCUACCGGUGUAACGGCUGCUCAACAACAGCAAGAGGAUCAAACGAACAUGUUGUUACACAACAUUUCAAAAAUCGAACGUUUUAGUGAACGUGAAUCUAACUCGAGUCACACGACCUCACGCACAUCUCGCUUUAUGCCUCAAUUAGGGAAAAAGCCCCGUAAGCCUGGUGAUAGUAGGGUAAGCGAAAUUAAAUCUAAAUCUUUUCACACAUCCACAUCCAAUUCUAUCACCACCAAUACCAACAUUAUUACCAACACAAAACAUUCUAUUACUACACCUAUACUUCUCACCAAGAACACUCUAAAAAAUAUAUGCAAAUCAACACCCAAUAUUUCCACUCUAAAUACACGUUCAAUUUCAAAUCAUAAUCGUAAUGCUUCUAAAGCUUCUUGUGAAUCAGCGGUAGCAUAUCGUCAAAGACGCAAAGCUGUUCCAACCAUUUAUGAUUUUGGUGUAACUUUACGUUUACAUUUUCAGUCGACCAGUGCCACCACGACAGCGACUUCCUCCUCGAGUAGCAGUAGUACGACGACGACGGCUACAUCAACAAAAAAUAAAUCGAAGAAAAGUGAAAGUCGUAGUAUUUUGGGUCAUCGUCAUGGCCGUAAGACUAGUUUAGAUGAAAAGGAUUCGGGCAGUUGCAGUGGCAGCAGUAUUGCCAAGGAGACACAACGCAAUAGUGUUGACAUCUCGAUCACAUUAACCGAUGAUGAAAGCAGCAAUAGCCGUCUAAGUGAUACUGGUUCAAUGUCACUGGGUGCUGUUACUGAUGCUUUAGAAGAUAAACUGAAAAUAGUUAAAUGUGGCUUUAAUUCAAACGAAGAAAAUGGUUCCCCAGAUUUUCCCAUAACGCCACGACGCUACACCAUUGGUGAACCACUACUUUUGCAUUCUGAAAACAUUCCUUAUGCCGAUGAGUCACCCGAAAGGCAUUUUCACAAUUUCUAUCCUCUCGACAAUGUAACGGGAAACAAUUUAAUGAUAAGUCGGUCGUGUGCUUCAACCAAUACGCUGAUGAAUGCUAAAAUGAAUAAUGAAAAACCCACUUCCCUUACAACGGGUUCAACUCUAACAACCACCUAUAAAACAACACACAAAUUGCAACACUCGGCUACGGCACCUAUAAACUCUUCGUUGGGCAGUGUGGGUGGUGGCUUAACGUCUCCUCCUACUGCGGCCUCUACGCCAACUACUAGUGCCCUUAAGGGAAAUUUAACAGCCUCUACAGCACGCAAUCUAUAUGCAACUAGCAAAAACUUACGCUUUUCUUCAUCCGUUCAAGAACAAAGAUGUUCUGAAGACGAUUCUGAGGGCUCCACAACCAGUGAUCCCAAAGAAGCUUUAGUAAUGGCCUCGCCCUCCUUUCUGCUAGAUAAAUACAAUAAAAAACGUAGAGAUCAUCGACUCUUUCGUUCGGCCUCAUUCAAUUGUCGUAAUUAUUCUUCGCGUUAUGGUGGCAGCGGCGCUGCAGCAGGUGGUGGCAUGGGUUCUAAUAUACCAACCACUGGCCUAACUAAAGAUGAAAAGACUGAUAUGAAUCUAACUAAAAAACGGCAAAUACAAAACAAACAAAAUCGUUCGAUUAAACGAAGGCAUACAGUAGGAGGUCCACAUGAUUAUAGUGGUGGAGGCGGUGGCGCAGGUUCAAAUAAUUGCAAUCAUCAUUGUAAAAAUAUUAGCAAUAAUGGAUCUAACAACUCAACCGCCUCGAAUUCAACAACGGUAGUAAGACGUAUACCCUUAUCUAGCGCCAAUGGUAAUAUACCCAAUAACAACAAUAAUAAUAACAAUAACAUGCAACACGAUGAAGGUGGUAGCAGCAGCAGUACUAGUAAUGGCAACAAUUCAAGCAGUAGUAAUAGUAGUAGCAGCACUAAUAAUGCGGCCACUGUUAAUGUUGCCAAUUCGGCGGGAGAACACGUACUUGAAGUGGGCAUACGCAUUAAGAAUAUUAAUCGUGGUCGCUUUUAAGUCGAACAACAACAAUAACAUAUGAAAAAAACUAAAAUACUAUAAGGAAUAAAAUUCCUGGGUGUUAAAACAGAUAUGGAAAUUUUGUGUUAAAGCAAAACCGAGUAUGUGACAUAUUUGGUCAAAACAAACGAGAAACAAGAAAAGCAAAAAUAUUUAUAAAGAAAAAAUUAAAUUAAACAAAAAAAAAACAAAACCCACCCUCCCAGCUUCUUACAUUAAAAAAAAUAUUAGUUAUUAUUGAGUACAAUCAUCAUCAUCAUCAUGAUAUCAUAAGUGUUGUUAGAAAUAAUGCAAUAAUAUCAGAGUUCAAAAGAAUUUAAAGUUUUCAUUUUAAAAAUUUUAACACAGAAGUGAAAUUUAAAAAUUCCCCAAAUAAAAUAUUUAAAUCAACUAUUAACAAAAAUGGAAAUUACCACCAUUAGUACUUAAAAAAGUCAUAUUCAUUGUGUGUGUUCCCUUGCGUUUCAAAUUGGUAUAAAACGAAACUGUAAAUGUGCAACAAAAUUCCUUAAGAACUCUGAUCUAUAGCCAAUCAUCCACACGAUAAUCAUUAUUCAUCAUCUUUUGUAUGCUGUUUAAAUAACAAGUGUACAAAAAAACAACUAAAGCUAAAGCAAAAAUAUUAUAUGGAGAAGAAGAAAUAUGUUACUUCUGAUUAACCAACAAAACACCAAUUAGUAUGUAAGUAAAAAAA